UGGAACUUCCAGGGCUCCGGGUAGGUGUCCGAGGCACCCGCCUGUUUAAAAACAAUCCGGGACGAGCUGUAAAAGUCAAGCCGGGUUGGAAAAAAAUUAAAUUAUUGGACACUAACGGAUGCUUCCAUCUGCGUAAAAUCUCUGGGAGGUGAAAAUUUUAAAGAAAAGAAAGAACCGGGCGAGCUCCAUCAGGCACUGACGCGGACGGCCACAGGUUCUGGGUUCCAUGGUUGGAAGGUGUUGGUGAGCUCCGGGUUCGAAGGGAGCGCCACGUGGAAUUUCGCAUCUCGAGAGGUGCGGAGCCGGUUCCGUGGAGUAUCCAAGGGCUGGGCUGUUUUCCACGAGCUUUGUUGUAGGUCGAGAGAGGAGUGCAGACGAGGCGAACGGACUAACGGAGUCCCAGCCCCGACCGGGAGCGGUACCGCCCACCUGCUAGGAAGCAGCCGGGCAGAAAGGUGUGGGGAGGCGGGCAGGCGUGGGAACGCGGCGGUGAGAGCUGGCUCGGGGCGAUGUGAGCGCGAUCAGAGGAAAUCACGAGGUCCCAGCCGGGCGUGCGUGGUGCGCACCUGUCAUCCCAACCCUUGGGAGGACAAGUUCAAGAAGAGUGAAUGUGAUGUAUUGAAGAGUUCCUGAGAGUGGGAGAGGUUCCAAGUGAGGAAUACCCACCUGGAGGUUCCUUUUAUCUCUACUAAGUGAAGAGGAUGGGUGAUGCUGGUCCCAGAAUGGAAGUGUGUCCUUAUUGUAAGAAGCCAUUUAAGCGAUUAAAAACCCACUUGCCACACUGUAAGAUGAUAUCUGCUGAUCAAAAAGUGUAUCAGUCCAAGCCAGCUACACUUUCACGUGCUACAAAAGCGAAGAAUCCUACCAAAGACCCAACCAAAGCUAAAAGAAAAGGGCUAGAGACAGAGAGUGCAAAAGGAAACGUGAAGUCAGAAAAGGGCAGAUCAGCAUGGACAGCUGCCACCUUGCCCCUGACGGCGGAUGUCUUGGAAAGAGCGGGUACAGCAGAGGCAGGAGGAGAAACCAGAGAUCAAAACCAGCCCUCCUUCCAGGCACUCAAACAUGCCACGCCAAAGGUGGCUCUGCCGAGAGUCAUGGACCCUCAGGCUCGUGCGUCAGACGCCCCCUCUCCUGAGACAGAACUUGCCAGAGAUGUGACUGGAUCCAGGGGAAGUCCAUGUCAUCCCUCAGAGACCAAAGCAUCUGUAUGUCAUCCCUCAGAGACCAAAGCAUCUGUCCGGGUCGGCUCAAUGGCACCAGUUUUAUCUAAUCAAGAUAGAACAUACUCCUCAGCUCAGCCUCAUGCUAAACCAGCCACUUGUGCAAGUCUGAAAUUGGACACACUCGAUCCCCAAAGAGAGAAGCUUCUGGCAAAAUUCUUAGACGUGCCUGUUAGUGAUUGUCAUUCUCCAAAGAAUGGCAGCCACGGGGUUCAGAGAGGAGGACCCUCAGUGUUGAGCAGGGAGAGCAGUUCCCGAGACGGAGGCCACCUCUCAGGAGUCUCUCCCGACCCUGCCAAUGCUGAGACUCAGCAGAAGUCAGAAUCACUCCUCUCGGGCCUUCACACCACUCCACUGGCUAAAGCGCAAGUCAGAGAACGCCAGGAACUUGGCCUCGGAGCAGAAGUGUGCCACAGCAAGGGAAAUACUGAGACCAGCAUGUCUGCCACAGAAGUACAGGAACAGGCUGACUUAGGCCUCGGUGGUAAGGACCCCAUUUCACCCACAAAGGCGAAAGCAGAGGCAGCCCUUGCACUUUUGGACGUAUUUACUCCACCAGAGGGAACUUCGAAUAAGCUUCUCUCUGUACCAGAAUCAGGGCGCCAGUGCCUUGCCUCUCUGGCUGUGAAGUCUCCAGAAGACAAAACCCAAUUCUAUGGCCAGAGUCAAGUCCCUGCCAUACCGCUAUUAGUGGGAAGCAAGAGGGAUGUUCUGGAACCCACGUCUUUCCACCAACCCCAUGCAGUCCAGACAGGGUAUCACAUACCAUCAUAUUCAGCUCCGUACCCUGUUUCUAGAAGCUCCCUCAUCAGUCAUGUUGCUGCUGCUGACUCAGAGACUCCUCCCCGGUCCGUGGGACUGGAGUGGUUUCCAGAACUCUAUCCUGGUUACGUUGGUCUAGGAGUAUUGCCAAGGGGGCCUCAGCAUUGGAACUCAGUGUCUCACAUGCCGCCUCCUACCACUUCCGAGGGUGCAAGUAUCUCGAAAGUUCCUUGGUUGGGACGAAGUUUGGCUGAUAGCGGGAGUUCGGAACCCCUGGCGCUUACAACUUCCAGCUUCCCUCUAACGAGGCUCUUGGGAGCUGUGCACAAAGGCUGGGUGAGGUGCAGUACCACCAUAAAGAAGAGCAGUGUUGGGGGCCUCACAAUGCUCUUCGCUGGCUACUUCAUCCUGUGUUGUAGCUGGAGCUUCAAGCAAAUGAGUAAGCCGUCAUCAUCGGUAGCUUAAGUGACUUGUCAUCUCCCUUGGGGCUCUGGUGGGAGUAUCCAGGAGCCCUGAUGAGCAAGCUGUCCCCGGGGCUCUGGGGCUCCAUUAAAGGUCUCCAAGAUUUGACUUACAUGUACAUGACUGCUCUUGCUGCCCAUUAGUGAUAUGGUGGUGGGCUGGAGGCCUUGGGUUGGUUUGUUUUUCCUGCUUUAUACCCGUCCCUGCUAGGGAGAGGUGCCCUCCUUGGUGCCUGAGAGUUCUCAGUGGAAUAGAAGGGCUUUCUGCCACUUAGAGCAGGAGAAACAGAAUAGUCCAUGUGCUUCAGACACAGCAGCUCCAUCCAUCCUUUCGUUCACUGGGUCUCCCUGUGCAGAUCAGGCUAGACUGACCCUCAGCACUCCUGCCCGGGCCUCUGGCCCCGAGCUCUCACUCCGUCUUCCUCAGCCUUCGAGAGCUAGGAUGACAGAGACAUGCUACCACACCUGGCUAGAGGCUGUAUGCUUAUUGUUUGUUUUUGGUUUUUUGUUUUGUUUUGUUUUUUUUCAAGACAGGGUUUCUGUGUAACAGCUCUGGCUGUCCUGGAACUUGCUUUGUAAACCAGGCCUGCCUCUGCCUCCUGAGUGCUGGAAUUAAAGACAUGCACCACCACCA